AGAAGGGAAGAUAGUUGGGUCGGUCAAAGGGAAAUACGGUGGUGAGGAUGGCUAUGGAGGUUUUCUCUGAUUAUCGGUAGCGGUGGUGGCGGCGGCGGCUAAAACGCGGAUACGAACGCGCGUGCGUGACCGAUGUCGCCGCACGACGCAACAGCGACGUAGCGACGACGACGUCGACGAGGACGAGGACGAGGACGAAGCGGCGGCCGAAGAUCGCCGAGCGCACGGGUACGCGAAGAGACUACGGCUGGUAUGGUGAGGGCCGCGGCACGGCCACAGUGUUCUAAAAGUCGGCAGCACGCACGAAUCGUAUCAGGCGCGACGCAGAGCGACGAAGCUGCGUCGUCGAAUCGCGGUCUCCUGGCCACCGAUCGUGUGCGGCUAGCAGCUAGGCAGCCAGGGACAGCGAACAGUCAGCCGGCUGCUCGAUUGGCAAUCGAGCCAGUCUGCGUUUGCCGAGUCACGGGAAACUCGAGGCGACUUUGCGGAGGAACCGCUGCUGCUCCGUAUCGGUUCUGAAAACGAGCGAGCGAAUACGAGAUAAGGAGAGAGAGAGAGAGAAAGAGAGAGAGAAAGAGCGAGAAGAAGGAGAACGAUAGCGAUAGCCCGAGCAAGAACGGGAACGGGAACGGGAAGGUUGUGCGGUAGCAGCGCGAGUGGGCAAAGUACGUGAGCUGCCAAUGGGAAGAGGCGCUAGAUCGAACGAAGACGAGACAAGGUGGUAAGCUUGGCGAACGCCCAUAGGAGAGGAAAAACCCUGACAAACGGAGGGGUCGCGUCGCGAGGAAACUCGUGUCGUGUCGUGUCGUGUCGUGUCUCGCGUAGACGAGUGGUCCGUGCGCGUUCUCGUGGACGCGUUUCGUCGGCUUGCUUGUCCGUCGAAAAGAGAUUGAUCGUUUGGUCGAUCGCGAGUGCGCCCUUCGGGCAGUAGCGAUCCGAUGUCGGUGGAAAGGAAUCGCGGAACCGUUUGGUCGGUGGGCUGUGUUUAGUGACGUAUCGGUAGUGUCCGCGUGCGCGGCAAGGACCAAGGAUCGUUGAGAAGCUGCUUCUUUAGCCAAGUUGUUCGCCAAGUGUGUGAGUGUUUUUUUGGUUGCUAGCUGAAUCGCCCGCGCGCUCCGACGCGUGCGUGUGCGUGAGAUUCGGCUUUUUUUUCCACCGCAUCGUGGAAGAGGGAAGGUCGCGUUGCACCGGGCCCGUAUUUGGGAGCAUUCCAAGUGGCUCACCGUUCGUCGAGGGAACCGAUUAUGUUCGCUGGGGGCGAGUGAACACCGGAAACAGUCUCGCUCGACCUUCGAUUAACGGUGGAAGGUCCUCCGUUUCAGGGCAGCAGUUUCACCGGGGAGGUUUUGCUCAUCGAACAAUGAGGAUGCUCGUGGAGCGAACGAUCGCUCGAUAACGAGGAGAAUGCUGCGGAAGCAAAGUCGCUGCCGAAUUGCACGGAAGCGACGCGACGUUGGUGUAAUCUAAUCGGUUCGAACGUUAUUAUUAGUGGAUCGUCGUGUCCAGAUAAGGAGCUAGGGCUAAAGCUGAAGGCUGUGGUUAAGAGUCGAAGCAACAGCUAGAGCUAGAGCUAGAUCUAGAGCUAGAGCUAGAGCUAGAGCUAAAGCUAGGGUUAGAGGUAAUACUAGAAGGAGAGACGGUGAGCUAGCGCGUGAAAGAGAGGGGAGAGGAGGAGGAGGUGGAGGUGGUGGAGGUGGAGAAGAAAGAAAGAGAAAAAGGAGAGCACGCGUGAGGUCAGGAAAGACGGGGUAGGAUCGAAGCGCGUGCAAGGGAAGGAAAAAGGUCGAGGGAGAAACGAGGAAAUCGAGCGAAAACGAGGAGAAGAAGAGAAUCGAAAGAGAGAUUGGUGUAGUUCGCACAGCUUCCGGGGCUCGUGGGUGUUUUUACGAGUACGCGGUGGAUCGAUAGUUGUCUCGCGAGCUCUGCUCGACGGAGCUGCUGUGGUCGACGACGUUCCUACCGGUAGGAACGAUUCGAUUCCAAUUCGAUUUACACGAUAUCAGCAAACGGAAUCGAAGAGACGAUCGGUUCCCGGCGAGGUAGAAGGAAACUCGAGCCUCGAACCAGAGGGAGUAUCGCGCGACGAUUACUCGAAUCUUGAGUGGUCCCCGUGCUUUAUGGGGGACUAUAGCGCGACCAGUCUCUUUUCGAACAGCCUGUCCGGCACGAGCAAGUCGUCGAUCGGUAGCAGCGCCAGUACCGUCAACACAGCCGUAACCAUAACGACGUCAACGAUGCAGGACGACCUCUUAAUCGAGAAGCAAGCCAGUGGCAAAACUGCGCCUCUGUCGCCGAGCACCGGCCUGGACACGGUGGCCGGACAAGAGAAGACGAAGGACGUGGUCGAGGUCGAGAGUAUCGCUAUCGCGGCGACGACGACGCCCUCCUCUAGCGAGAAAGAGAUCGCGUGCAGCACCAGCUCGACCCUCCAGGGUUUCUCGGAAGCUGGCCGGGUACCGAGCCUCUGGUCUGCCCCGGACGAUACCGGUCUCCACGCGUUACCCGUCAACGGUUCGAUCGGGGCCUUUCAAAAUUUCCCUUCCGGUGGUCCGGCCGGUUUGUUUACCGGUGCUGGCGCGACCGUGUCGGCUGGCGCCCGUCGAGCGAUCACUGCUAGUCAUAAUUUCCCUCAACAACACGGUACCACCACUGCUCCUACAGGUAGACACGGUCUUCAAGUAUCGCCAGCGCAACAGCAGCAACAACAGCAGCAACAACAACAGCAACAGCAGCAGCAGCAGCAACAUCAACAGCAGCAACAACAGCAACAGCAGCAGCAGCAACACCAACAACAACCAACAGCGAAUACCCAUCCAGGGGUUUAUCUUCCAGCGAAAGGUUACGCGGCUUGGUCCGGUGGACCGCAAGCGCCUCAACAAUGGGGAGCCGGACCGCAGGCUGCUGCGGUCGCGAGUCCCGGUCUUUCGCCGUGGAGCCGCGGAAGAUCGGUACCGAACCUUCCCCCGUUGCACUCGUCCCUGCACGCCGCUGCAGCAGUCGCGGCUGCUGCUGGACUUCAGGGAAGGAAACCGAGUCCAACGUUUCCCGGUCAUCCGGGACCGGCUGCUCAUCCAUCUUGCAUCAGUCCGGUCAAGUUCAGGAGGAGUACAUCCUAUCCCGGAAAGGGCAACAUAUAUCCGCCCCAACCUGCGCCCACCUUCGAAGUUACCGCCGCCGAAGAGAGGGACUUGCUUCAGUUGCCACCGUUCCAGCAGGAUCGUAUGACGGCUAAUGGAAAUUCACCGUUGGACAGUAUGAGAACGUUAGAGCAUUACUUGAGCGACAUCAUGCGAGCUGGUGCCGCGGAUACACCGGAACACGUGAAGGGGUACAUGAACUGCAAUGCCAGCACGCUGCAAUCGCUCGCGCAACUGCACGGCAAAUCACCGUUCUUCCCGAGUCUGGAGGAUCAAAGCGGAACCCUGUUGGAGGACCCGAACGCGCCGAGUCAGUUGGAUGGCGUCGGCGUUGGCGUAGGUGUCGGUGUCGGUGUCGGUGUUGGAGUCGGUGUCGGCGUCGGCGUCGGUGUCGGUGUUGGCGUCGGGGUCGGCAGCGGGAUAACCGGCUCUCAAGCAGCGCCGCUUUCUUCGCCGAGUCGGAGCAGUCCUCACAGUCAGGGCAGCGAAAACGGGGAACGUUUCUCUAGGAAAGUAUUCGUCGGUGGUUUGCCACCGGACAUCGACGAAGAGGAGAUCAAAGCCAGUUUCCGUCGUUUCGGAUCGCUGGUCGUCGAUUGGCCGCACAAGGCGGAGAGUAAAUCCUACUUUCCACCAAAGGGCUACGCUUUCCUGCUUUUCCAGGACGAAGCGUCGGUGCAACAGCUGAUCGACGCGUGCAUUCAGGACGAGGAGAAACUGUAUCUGUGCGUAAGCUCGCCGACGACUAAAGACAAACCGGUGCAGAUUCGACCGUGGCGGUUGAGCGACGCGGAUUUUGUGCUGGACGCAUCGAUGCCGUUGGAUCCACGAAAAACCGUGUUCGUCGGCGGUGUUCCGCGACCGUUGAAAGCCGUCGAGCUGGCGAUGAUCAUGGACCGACUUUACGGAGGCGUGUGUUACGCCGGCAUCGAUACCGAUCCGGAACUGAAAUAUCCGAAAGGGGCUGGCCGGGUCGCGUUCAGCAAUCAGCAGAGCUACAUAGCUGCCAUAUCGGCCAGAUUCGUUCAGUUACAACACGGCGACAUAGACAAAAGGGUCGAAGUGAAGCCGUACGUUUUGGACGAUCAGAUGUGCGACGAAUGUCAGGGGCAACGUUGCGGAGGGAAAUUCGCACCGUUCUUUUGCGCGAACGUUACCUGCUUACAGUACUAUUGCGAGCACUGUUGGGCGACGAUUCACUCGCGACCAGGUCGGGAAUUCCACAAGCCGCUGGUGAAGGAGGGCGCGGAUCGGCCUCGAGCCGUGCCUUACCGCUGGUGUUAACCCCAGCUGCGUUGUCCUUAAUUAUCGCGCAACCCUAGCUAAUUAACUACCACUUCUACGAACCACCUCCCCUUUAUCCACCAGGCCCUCCAACAACCGCUCGCCGCUCCUCGCCCAACCACCACCACCACCACCCACUCACCCACCCGUUCAUCCGCACUCUUCCACCAGUCCGACAUUCCGCGACUCCCGCCCCUCAGCCACCCACCUCUCGCUUACUUACCUUGCCGAAACACACCACCCCGAGAACCACCGUCACCACCGUUACUUACCCAUUCGAUCCUUCGUAACUACCGCUAUUCUAUUACCAACACCACCAUCACUAUUAUCGAUACUCUACUAUUACCGUUCUAUCGCUACUACCACACCAUUACUAUUCUACUACCAGUUACUUCUCUACUCUGCUAUCCACUGCUACUUGAACGCGUUUACCGGAUACUCGGCGAACAAACCAACCGCCGUGUUCUACCAGCCGAUGCGACUCGUCGAAGCAAUGCACGGAGGAAACCACGGAAAGAAGCACUCGGAAGAAAGAAUCCGCCAGCCGGAAGUGGAAGAAGCGGACGCCCGUUAUCGACGACUUAACACUUCGUAAACGUAUUCCGUCUGUAUCGAGAUCGAACAUUCGUUAGUUACCGAAUAUUACGAAUUUUCUCGUUUCGAGACACGUUGUUGGCGCGUUCGCGACUCGCAUCUUUCACGUUUCACCGAGAGGCGCGAGUUUCUCUUCUGCUUGCCCCCGUUCGCUCGUCUCUUUUCUCUCAGCGUUCCGGGCAAAGGUGGACAGAGAGUUUCUCGCGUCGAUCGAUCGCGAAGAAGGUGCUUUCGUACCCGACGUAGCAGAUUAUUUCUUCGCUUCUCUUCGACUCUCUUUCUCUCUCCCUCUCUCUCUCUCUCUUUUUUCUUUCCUCUCCUCUUCUCUCAAUAUCUCUCCCUCUCUUCGUUUCGAUCGAGCGAGUCGACUGAAAACGGAAACUUCCUCGUCGAACGCGUCGGUAGAAGAGGCUCGUUUUCUUCUUUCUCCUGAUCGUUUGUCCUUUGUUCGAACGGGCUAGGGUAAGAAGAAGAGAAACCUAAGGACCGAGUGAGAGAGAGAGAGAUAGGCACACCGUGUAACCAGCCAUGGAAAAUUUCCUUCCUUUCGUCGAUCCUCUUGUCUGCUCGAUGGCAAAGAUCCAGAGAGAGAAUCGAAGCUCCGAUUCGUCGCGCUCGGAGUCGCGGCUUCUCGUCGAUGGAUCACGGCUUCGCCGGACGAAAGAAGCGAGCGCGAACGCGGAUCGAAACGGUAAGAGAGAAAAAAAAAAAAAUGAUAUACCGAGUACCUGACAGCACCGCGAAAGUACGACGAAAGAUCGGACGAAUUGACGAAAAGGCGCGAGACGAGGCGACCGAUAAACGUUGAUAGAAUCGAGCGAAUCGUCGGGACAAAACGAUGGUAAAAACGCGGCGGAGAGUGAUAGAAAGAAAAGAAAAUAGGGACGCGAAACUGGGAGGCGAAUCAUUCGUAUUGAACGUUGAAUAGAUAAUGAAAAAAACAUCCACGCUUCGAACCGCUGUGUAUUAGAUAAUUCUCUGUAUCACAGUCUUUAGGUAUUAAGAACUUAUUAAAUAUGUUACAUAGGUGCGUUAUAUAUACAUACAUACAUACAUUAUAUAUAUAUUAUACACGUGCGUUUUUCGCGUGAGCAACGCGAUUCACGCUCCUAGGCAGAAUGUUUGGAUGAAGCAGACGAUUUUUUACUAAUUAACUUAUUCGAGUGCAAAACGUAGCGAAAAAUUAGGGAACGAGGGGAGAGCGAAAACGAAAAGGAGAGAGAGGGAGAGAGAGUGCGUAAGAUAGUGAAAAUGCGCGCGAGAGAAAGAGAAGAGGGAGGGUGUGAAAGAAAGUAGAGCGGAGGAAUCGGAGGUUUAGAGAAGCGAGACGUUGAAAAAGACUCUAGUUGGAUUCGCUAGCUUUAACCGUACCAGAUUUUUUUCCCAAUAACACGGAAUCUUAGCUCGUUUUCAGGAAAGGAAAGAGACGAAAAGACGGUACAAAGCGAAUCUUUUUUCCAGGCGAUAGCGAGAAAACGAUUCCGCGUAUCUAAGCCUCCGCGUUCCUUUUUCGAAAAACGAAAGACGAGAACGUCUCCGUCGCGCAAGUAUACUCGAGCUAACGCUCUUCCAAGGCGAAGAGAAAGGAAAACUCGCUCGUCCGGGAAGAAACGCGGCGAUCGAGGUCGUAGGGUAAUUACUCUUCAUACGUCCGGUAGAAAAUUCCGAAGCAAACGAAACGCGUGCGAGGAGUAAAGUUCUUUUUUUCGUGCAAACACGUUAGAUCGGUAUAGGGAAAAGGCUCGCAUGGAUCCCUCUUCUUGUACAUAAACGGUUUCCUCUUGUACCGAUACAAGCCGUGUUUAACCGCGGCCCACGAUGCGCGUUUUUCUUAAUCCUAACGAAUUACUUCGCUCGAUGUAUAUAAUCAAGUGCAGCGAGGCAAUCGACGUAGUUCAAAUGAAAAAUCUCGUCUCAACGGGGGCGCGUUAUUACAGAUUCUUCUAUUCUUCGAGAGAGCAGCUAGCUGAGAGUAUUCUCGGUGGUGAUUUCCUUGGCGCGUCGUUCGCGGACAGAAGAACGAUCGAUCAAUCGAUUUACUCUUCGAGCGGGCGAAUCGUAAUCGAUUAUUCGAACGAUCCAAACGACGAGCGUGGAAAGGCCAUUUCUAUGCAGCGUUCUGUGUUCCGCUUAAUAGAUGAUCGUUCUAUACGUAGCAGCAUCUCAUCGUCAUUCGAAACCGUAAGCUCGUAGAUUAACCUCGCACCACCAGUCUCUUUGACGACACGCUCUCGCGUGUACGCAUUCGCGACACACCCCAAAAACCCAACACCCACAGUCUACAGUCUACAAUCCACAACACACAGUCGUACAACACGCAUCUAUCGUACCGCAAACGUUGUCGUUCGAUAACGAAAUCGGUAGAAAAGAAAAAAAAUAUAUAUAACAGGUGAUAAUGGCUCGAUCUGAUACGUUGCGUACAUCUUGGAAACGAAGAAUGGAAUACACACGAAUCCAUACGUAUGCGUAUAAUUAUAUAUACAUAUAUAUAUUUAUUUUUUUGGUAAUCUUUUUGUAUAUACUCGUCACCGUAGAUAGGGUGACAUCUAGACACCGCACGUGGGACGGAUGUACGCAAGAGAGAAAGCGAACGUAUGAGUGGAAAAAAAAAAGAAGCGGAUAAAGACUCGCGGGAGAAAUUGGCAUUUCGUUCCAAUCCUUCGUCCUUUCGUUCUUGAGAAUUCGUGUCGAUAACUACGAUCUUGCUUUCCUUCGGCUCUUUAAACGGCGAACAGGGAAAGGAAGGUGGUAGGAUGAAAGAGAAACGCGGCACGGUUCGGUAUCUUUUAUCGGGUAGUUAGCGAACGAUCGAUGGACGAAAGGGCUCCUCGCGAGGAAAAGUGUGUGCGCGCGAGAGGGUGACUGGGUGAGAAAGAGGGAACAGAACGACAGGAUGGAAAGUGUGGAGGAAAAUCAAGAGCAUUAGAUAGCGUAAUUUUUCAACGGUCGGCAUUGUCUCGCGUGAACGAGGAACAAUGAUAACGCGGAGUAUACGUAAACACACGCGUCGAUAUGUCCCGAAUUGAAUUUAUUAAACGCAGAUAACAGACGCGCGUUACGAUUAUACAGGUACGAGGCGGUGAAAGGAGAUGAUUUCUCGAUUGUUUCUGAAAACACGGUUCGUUUGAAAACGAUAUAAAAAGGACGUAAUUGGAAUUUUGAAAUCGAACUCGAGCGAGUAAGAAAAUAAAUCGACGAACCAUCUCCGCGAUUCGUACGCUAGGUGAAAAUUGACUUGCCGUUAACUAGCACGACGUAUGCGUCCGCAACGCUUUCACGCGUGGACACACAUUUCGUACACACAGCUACACACGAUGCAGAUACGUACACACGCGAUCUCGUUCGUGCACAGAGACGAGGCUCUCCCCGUUAAUCGAUAUGAUUCUAGUAAAACUGAACUAGGUACCAAUUCACCUAAAUCAAUUGAUAAUUUAAAAAAAAGUAUAUAUAAAUAUAUAAAUAUAUAGAUAUGUAUUUCGUGAACGAGGGAGAGAGAGGGAGAGAGAGAAAGAGAGAGAAAGAGGGAACGAUAGCAUAAUGCCAAUACUUGAAGAACGCGUCAGGUAUUUGGACGGGAAUCGAAAUCAAGAUUUUUCUAGACAAAUUUUUCUAAUAUAUUAAAAGAAUCCAGAGUUCUCCGCCGGAUCGUGGAGCGUCUCUGAAUCUUACUAUUGGCGUUUAUUCGCGCGUUUUAUACGGUAUACGCGUUAGAACAGAUUUCUUUCUCGAUUUUCGCGUUCUGGCGCGGGUCGUACCGAUUUAUGCAUCCACGUGCGCGUGCAACAUACAUCACACUCAACACCUACACACAAACUUCGUAUGCGCGUGUCCUAUACGCGGGACUAUAAUCGGAUUUUCUCCUCGCGUAUGGAUGUUUGACCAAAUGUUGUUGAUAUAGAACGAUCGUUCGGAAUUCGUGUAACGUUUCGCGAAAUUCUUGCACGGCAUUGGUGUAUCGCUUUGGCGGCGACACACGCGCAUACGAGGACACACACAUACGCACGGUAAUAAUCGAAGGCGAAAGUAGGAGCGACAAAGUUUCGACGAGAUGUUCGUUGAUCGCUGGCGAGUUGGUCGGUCGCGUCGCUUUCGAAAUUGGCGUGCCUCCGCGUUGGCAAGCUGCGCCAACGAUUUUUCGUCGAUUUCUUUCCCCGGUCUCAACGGCGCGAUCGCGUGUCCCGCGAACCUUAGGUGAAAAAUUAAAUUAGAAAAUUUCAUUUGACCGACUCCGAUACGCGGACGCGGUUCGAUACGGAUCUUUAGUGAAAAUUAUUUCGCGUUUCCAAGAACAAUGUUGCUCGAAGCGGACAUAUCACUCGUAAUUUUGAUACGUGAAAACGCUGAAAAUUCGUCGAGCCUCCAUUUCUCGAACGACAUCCGACGAAAAUCCCUUUUCUUCCUCGCGGACCCGCGAAAAUCACGAUCUCGGAGAGAAUUCGUUGAGAGGGAGAGAGCAGGCGAGAAAGCGGAGGAAUCAAAAGGCGCGAUCGAACUCGCGAAACUUCACUUUGCACGCGUACACGCGAUGAAACGCAUCUAUCAUGGUGCCGCGCGAUCAGUUUCACCUAAAGUAACCGACGAUAGUAAUUCCGAUUCAACCACUUCGGCCACAGAGUUGUCGUUUGAUAUCGCCAGUAACAAAAGUAACAACAAGAAAAAUAAUAAAUAAUAUAUUAGGUAUGAUUCUUCACCUCCUUUGUAAUAUGUGUGAUAAAGCAUAAUAUAUAACGACAAUUAUAUAGAAUAUAUAUAGAUACAUAAAUAUGAAUAUGAAUAUGGAUAUAAAUAUAAAUAUAAAUAUAUACGUAUACAUAUAUAUUUAUAUUUAUAUAGGAAAUAUUAAUAUAUAAUUGAUAAUAAUGAUCGAAAUAUCUAAUAUAUUAUGAGAGAUUCGAAAAGAGAAGAGAAAAUGUACGGAAUAUAAUUGGGAAUAAAGUGUUGCGCGACACGACAGUAGGGGGAGGUCGAGGAAAAUAGAGAAAAGAACGGGUGUGAAAAGUGGUUAAUUGGCGAAUCGCGGCUACGCGGGGAUGUAAUGUCGCGCGAGUAACGCGUUUGAAUAAUUAAAAAAGAAAAGAAAAGAAAGAUAAGGAUGUAAAGUUGGGGGUUGGGAGGGUGGGAAGGGGAACGAGUAACAAUGGUAGUCAUUUACGAUAGAUUUGUAUUUUUCAGUGUUGAAAAGUUUUUUAUACUGCUGUUAUAUUCUUAUCUAAAUAUCUUAGUUUGGAGAAAAUGUGUGAGAGGAGCGUUGCGUUUUAGCGCCCGUGCGAUUAGGUGCAUUUGAUAAACGUUCUAGCGCGAGAGCGCGUACGCGAGAGUGAGUGAGAGAGUAUGAGAGAGAUGACGGGAGCGAAUUUCGGAGAACGCGUCGCGAUCGCUGAAUCGUACGAAACGAAUGGAAAUUCGUUACUUUUCACCGAAUUUCCUUCCGUUUCCAAACCGAAGAAAAGUCUCGACUCGUUCAGCGAACGCGUUGCUUGCCGUUACGUUCCGCGGACGACGGGCAUCGAGACGCCUGACGCGAACGCUUUGAAAAGCUUCGAAAAGCUUGGAAAACUCGUAAAAAACGCGCGAGUUCUCCGUGCGCGUUAUCCAAGGAACGUUGACACGCGGGAUACGCGUUACUGAUACGCGGCCGCGAUCCAACCUCCGCGUUAAUCCUAUCAUCAUUUACGAGACGUAGAAUAGAGAGUAUUUUUGUUGUUGCCCGUAUAGUAUAUAACGUUUAGGAAGUCGGGGUUGAGAUCGCGGCCAGGAAUCCUGAGGAGCGAUUUUUCGCGGAGAAACUUGUGCCGAGUGACGCGCCGUUUUCGAGCCUCGCUUCGCGAUCGAGUUCGACGACAAAUUAACGAACGUAAUCGCGGAAAUCGAAGCGAAACGCACGCCUACCUACGUAGCUCUCCGAAUCGUAAUCUAGUUGCUUGCUCAUCCACCGAUCUACCCCUUUACGCGUACGAUACGACGCGACAGAUUUUUAUUUUUUUUUUCCUCCCUCAUUUAUUUUUUUUUUUUUUUUACUUUUAUUUUUUAUCUUUUCUAAUCGUCCUCGUACGGUUCACGUGGAAGCAUAGACGUUCGUAUUAUUCGUAGCGAUAAGUUUUUGUUAAGCAAUUCUCCUGUUUUGUUUCCUUUUAUUUUUCGCAGUAUCCGUCUUUACCGCGUCGAUUCUUUCGUCGUUGUCGAACGAUCUGUAUCGCAACGGACGCGAUACCUCGUAAGGAGAGACGUGUCGAAUUGAUUUUUACAAGUUUUGUACCGAUUUCUUAGGCACGCACGGUUCUCCGAUUACAAUGUUGUACAGGCUUUUUCUACCGCGUGGAACACUUUCCUAUUUUUGUAAAACCUUUCCUUUUAUUUUUUCCCUUCUACAAAUUUUUAUAUUUUCACGAGAUAUUUUCGACGAUUACUAUUAGUUCAUAGCGCUUGAACGCAAUUAAUAUUAACGCUGUUAUUACACGAUUACAGUUUAUCGCAACAUACUACUACUGAUUCAAUUAUUCAUCGAUUAUUAUUAUUAUUAUUAUUACGAUUAUUAUUAUUAUUACUACUAUUAUCAUUACUUUUGCUAUUUUUACAGUUACUACUAUUAUUAUAGAUGCGUCUACUAUUAUACAUGUACACAUGUAUCUUCAUGUACCAAAGAAACAGUCAAACGUACUUGUACAUUUGAUGUAUACAUGGGCACGUGCAAGUUAGGCACUGCUAGAAUAUAUAUAUAUAAUAAUGUUUAUUUGGACGCGGGAGAUGUAGAAAAGGAACAGAGACAUAGUUGCGAUUAACUUGCACGUUCGUCAUUUUUUACGCUUGAUACGUGGUAUCUUUUUUGAUUUUUCUCAGAUCGAUUGAAAUUUUCGUGUUCUUCUUCUUCCUCUUCUUCCCUAUUCGAAUCUGUUGAAGAAAUUUCAUUUCAUCGAACUGAAACGGUUCUAAAAUUUGCCAUUUUUCAAACUCCGUGUAAUAUCAGUGUAAGAUCAGUGAUGGAGAAGCGGAACAUUGUAAAUUUCACCGCGAGAAAGGUAUCACGAUUUCGUAGGAAUGGAAAUGGAGAUUGGGUUGGUAAGAUGCCAGUCGGUAGCUACGUUAAAGGUAGCUUCCAAUUACCUAGGAAUUCGCUUACUUGGAUCGACGGGGACGUCUACGGGGUAGGCGGUUUUCGUUCGAUUCUCAUCGAUCAACGAAAUCGAUCAGUUUGUAAUUAGUAGAUCGAGAGCGAGGUGAAUCCACUGCGCCCGCGGUACUGGUCGCGCGACUAUGCAAACACUUUAGGUACGUUUUAAUGUAAAUGUGGGGUAACGAUGUAAACUUAAAUGUAUGUACGUGUAUAUGUUUUACGGAGACACUUAGAGCGUAAACCGUGAUAAGGCUAUAAGACAGUAUAAAACUGGAGCUGGGAGCCGUGCAAUGUUCUUACAGGGCGAAAGGAAAGCGUAAUAGCGACGAGCGAAAGUAAGGGUGAGAAUGAAAUGGGAACGAAAGGGUGCGGGAGAGUUGGGGCGAGGAACGGCGAAGGAUAGAGCGGCGAGGUGGGGGGGGGUGGGAGAAACGGAAUGCCGAAUUUCUGAAAUCACGAGAGAAACAGAGGGAAGAAAAUAUUUUUUUAUUUUUUUAACGAGAGCCUGAAAAUUAACAAAAUACUUUACGCAUGAGAGAAAUUGGCAAGGAGUGAGGGAGAGGAGAGAAAGAGCGCGUAUGCGUGUGCACGUGUGUGUAUGUUUGCCGGGUGAAUGGAAGAAAAUAAUAAAACAAAGAGCGCGGAGAAUAGUAAUAUACAAAGUUAAGUGCAUCCCAGAGGCGGGCACAGUGCAUGCGUUUUUUACGUAGAAAUAGAAAGUCUGACUGCUUUUGUUUUGUGGAAGUUUUUAUGGGAAAUAGUAAAAGUCUUUUAGAUAUAUAGAAAAAUGAUAUGAAAAAAAGCAAAAAAAAAAAAAUAUGGGAGGAAAGAGAGAAGGGAUGAAAGGAGACGAGGAAAAAAAGAACGAAACGUUUUUGUAACAGCGAGGAUGAAACUGAAUUUUUUUAAAACGUCGUUUCGAAUUUCUACGUAUCUUUUUAUGUACAUUUAUACGUGAACGUUUGUUUUUAUUGUAAAAAUUUCGCCGUCUGUAUUUGUAAGUUAUCGUAGAAGUCUGUUGUUACUAAUACUAUUUACUUAAGAUAGCCACUUUUGUCCUAGCGUAUAAUUGUGAAGGCAAAUUUCUAUGAGUUUGUAAUAUAAUCGACGACGAAGGAGGACGAGGACGACGACGACGACGACGACGACGACUAGAACGACGUGGACGGUAAAGACGAUAAUGAAAUUAGAGGAAACUUACAAGUGCAACUUAAGUCUUAACUCAAAGUUACCAAACCAUACGCGAGGUUUCGUACUCGAAGGAUAUAAUUUUUUAUUAAAGCAACUUUUUGCGGAGCUCGUUUAACGAUCAUCCUUAUUUUUUUAUACCAGUGGUAGUAUCCUGCCCACCUCUGGGUAAAGAAAGAAACAAAGAAAAAAGAAAAAAAUACAAAAAAAAAAACAAAACGAAACGAUCGAA